AUGGCAUUAAAGAUUAUGGUUAGAAUAAGAUAUUUGAGUCGGGCUUUAGCUGAUGAGGUCCAUGAACAACCUAAAGAAGUAGUUGUUAAUGAUGUAGUUACUGAUGCCGAGGGUUUUCCAGACAGGCCCCACGACACAUCGGUUUUGAUUGGCUAUGUUCAUCAUGUUGUAAUGAUUGUUUGGAAUGAAGAGGUUGCGAAAUUUGACAGGCCUGCUCUAGAGAUUGAAGGCUUAGUGGCAGCUGUAGGAUUAAGUCCUUUGAUCGCAUUUUCCUUGGACAUUGGAUACCGGGGACUUAUAUCAGGUUUUGUAGAGAGGUGGCAUAAGGAAACUAGUAGUUUCCAUCUUCCUAUAGGAGAGGUGACUAUCACCCUCGAUGAUGUGGCAUUGUUGCUUCAUUUGCCCAUUAUAGGCGCCUUCCAUAGCUUUGAGGCUCUUCAUAUGAACAAAGUCUUGUUGUUGUUAACUGAAUUACUUGAAGUUAGUUCAGAAGAAGCAAGAGCUAAGACGGUACAAUGA